AUGGAUGACAAUACGGAGAGUGAUGGUGUGGGAGAUGCUAGGAGUGCCAACCACAAACAGCCAAUUCAUAAGGAUACCUCAAAAUGGACAGCAUAUACUGGGAAGAAAGCAUGGACAAAAUCCAAGGCCGCUAUGCUUGGCGCUAGAACAGUAUUGAAUGACAUUUCAAACAAGCCAGUACAAAAGCAGAGUUACAUGAGCUUGGGCUCAAAACAUGGGGAUAUCCUGAGUAGCUCAACUUCUAGGGCUUGGAACUCUACUGGGAUGUAUAUCUUUGGGCAUCAACCCCCCAAUAUAGAUGGCAGCAGUGUAGAGCUUGGGAAGGAAACUGACACUUACAUGGAUGCCAACACUUCGAUCUCUGAUCCUCAUGAGGAUACCUCCCUCGCCUUUGCAGACUGUCAUGUGGCUGAAGGGCUGAAUGGUACACUGAUAACACUGGUUCCCAAAGUUGUUAGCUCACAAACAAUGGCCCAAUUUCGUCCCAUAAGCUUAUGCUGCACCCUCUACAAGGUACUAUCCAAAAUCAUUGUUGCUCGAUUAAGGCCCCUGAUGUCGACCUUGAUAAGCCCUAACCAGGUUAGCUUUGUCCCUGGGAGACAAAUAACUGACAACAUUCUAGUGGCUCAAGAACUCAUGCACAAAUUCAAAAACUCUAAGGGGAGAAAGGACUUCAUAGCCUGGAAGGUUGACUUAUCCAAGGCCUAUGACAGGCUGAACUGGAACUUUAUCAGGUGUGUGUCAAUGGGGAACUCACUGACAGUUUCACCCCCACCAGCAGCAUUAGACAAAGGGAUCCACUUUCUCCGCUUGUGCAUUGAGAAACUUCCCACAUCAUUUUUGACUCUGUACGAAGGAAGAAGUGGAAGCCUCACCCAACAAGCUCGAGUGAUGAAAGAUUGCCUAGAGAAAUUCUAUAGAGCUUCUAGCCAAACUGUUAACUUGAAAAGUCUGCAAUCAACUGCUCACCCAACACCGCAUCUCCACCCACAAGGGCUAAGUCUAAGGCAAGGGCAAGCAAGGGCUGCCACUAUUCACAUGAAUAGUGUCAGCCUUUGCAUUUGUGGUUCCACCCAUGAGGGCAAACGUGAUGCCAGCGCUGACGUCACAAAACUCGGGCUUCAGCCCAGGCAGAAGUUGCCCUUGGGCUUGCUCGGGCUCGUGGGACCCACCACCAAACCGGGCUACGGGCCCUGCGCUGGAGCUGCCUCGGGCUCCCUCUGGCAGCCUUUCCCCCAGGCUGGUCCAUGCAGUGACGGAUCCACCAUGGGGUCAAUGGGGUCAGACGACCCCACGGCAGAUCUGGAGUUUAGUGGUAGGGACUGGUUUUUGCCCUUGGCAGCCAUGGAAGUGACCCCAUGGAGAAGAAGAAGAAGCUUCGGUAAAUUUAGCCCGCUCGAUUUGCAAUUCCUGGGUCCGUACCUGUCCACCACCAUUAUCUCAUCCCUUGACACUGCCGCCAAGAGUGCUAGCUGCCGUUCACCACCAACCGUCUCCGUCGCCGCCACUAUUUUUGUGACCCCACGAGUGGCAAUUCCUGCAUCCGCCACUGGGUCCAUGCGCUGGAGACCACUGGAUUCUGCUAAGCCUUCGUUGAAUCAUACAAACACCUUGACCCCAGAGCAAUUAAACUGCAAUAUCAACAACUUUGUCAUUGAUGGUUGGUGGGAUAUUGGAAAGCUGCGUUCUGUGCUUAGCAAGGACCUAGUGCAACAGAUCAUCAGCUCCCCUGAUGGUUUUAAUAGCGAUCUGCAGGAUUCCCAGAUCUGGAAGCAUGUUGCCAAUGGAAUCUUGACUGUCAAAACUGCCUAUGAGCUGCUAUUUGCUAAUAAUUACUGGGUUGAUUUCUGGAAACUGAUUUGGAAACUGUUGGCUUACCACGAUAAAAUCUCCUCCAAUGAAUUAAGGGCAAAAAGAAAUCUAAUUGCUGACCCUUCCUGUGGUAUCUGUGGUUGGACUUCAGAAUCUGUUCUCCAUAUUCUUAGAGAUUGCCCCAAAGCUGAGAGUAUCUGGAAUAAUGUGCUAACCCAUUCGCCAAGCACACAGUUUUUCCACGCUGAUCUCAAUGCCUCGAUCUAUAGUAAUCUGCUAUCUAAAACUAGUUGGAGUGCUGGGAUGCCAUGGAGCAUUGGGUUUGUCUUUACUUGCUGGUAUAUAUGGAAAUGGAGGAAUCAAUAUGUGUUUAAUGAGGAGGAACCCCUUCCUUUUCGCCCGUUGAUUGUUAUUUUAAAUGCUGCAAGAGAAUGGUUCUCUAAUGCUUAUGCUCCCCAGUCCAAAACUCUCAAGACUCGGGUUGCUCUAGCUUGGGAGCCCCCUGCUGUUGGUGGCUUCAAACUGAAUGUGGAUGGGUCUUGA